AGCAAAGCCGAGCUUUCCAGAUCGCGCACAUUGCGGCAUCCAAGGACUCUCGGCUGCUAGCGACUGUUUUCUGAUUGCGCCCUCUCAAUUCAGGGCGCCAGAAAGCAUCCCAACCAACAGUAAGCAUCCCAGCCAGCAUCCCAACCAGCAUCCCAACCAGCAUCCCAACCAGCAGCAAGGCAGCAAUGUCUCUCCUAUCCCUGGGCCUCCUCGCGGCUUACUUCGCCGGCGGCGUCCAGUUCAUGAUGAACCAGGAGGGCUGGGACGCCGCCGACGCGUUUUACUUCUGGUGCAUGACCGUCUCGACAGUCGGCUACGGGGACCUCGCGCCCACCACGCCCAAGACGCAAGCCUUCGUCUCGGUCUACGCCAUCGUCGGCCUAGUGCUCGUGUGGAGCAUAGUUUCGGACUACUACGGCGCCGUGCAAGGCAAGCUCCAAUCUUUCCAGGCCAAACUCCUUAAAAUGGUUGGUAUCGAGCUCGUCGACGUGCACGCGCUCCCGAUCGACAAGCACACGCCCGAGCAGGUGAACGCGAAGAUAAAAUAUUGGCGCCGCUACCUCCUGGCAAUGCUCCCGAUGGUCACGCUCCUGGCGCUCUUCGUCGCGCUGCACUUCGUGCGCAAGGAGUCGAGCUUCACCGAAGCCGUGUAUUUCGGCGUCGUCACGGCGACGACGGUGGGUUUCGGAGACUUCGGCUUCCUCGACGAAGAGCCGCUCAACAAAUGUCUGGCCGCUUUAGGAGUGAUGGGCGUCGUCGUCGUCUUCGCGAACGCCGUCGACGAAUGUCUACUAAUAAGAAAACGCCAGCAGCUGCGCCACGGCAAGAUCGCGCUGCCCUCGCUCGAGCAAUUGGAAACUCUAAUCAACAACAAGAGGAACGCGGGCGAGGGCGACUACAUCAGCGAGGCCGAUUACGUGGUAGAGACGCUGCUCAAGGGCGAGCUCGUCGACCCGCAAAUUUUACUGGCCAUCCGCCGGAGCUUCUACUGGAAGGCCAACGCUGCGUCGAACGGCAAGCGCAACUCGCUGAUCACGUCGGAGGACCUCGCAGCACUCUGGAAGGUGAAGAACAUGGCUGGUGCGCCCGGUGCGCCGACCCUGGACGUCGACGACCUCCUGGGCCACGGCAGUCCCCGAUAAGACCUCGCCCGCCCCCACUGACUAGUUGGCCCCACGCCUAACGACAAUUCAUUUUU